AGGACGGCUGCGACGUCCGGGAGGAGGGGACUCCCAUACAGAAAUGACAGGGGUGUUCGUCGUACCUUUUAGGGGUGAAAAGCGGUUUUGGUUCAGCCUCAAAAGGUCCACAGCGGAAGUUUUUUCGGUACCUUUUAGGGUACUGAACCGAAGAAAUUAUGACAGGAGAAGGUGUGUUAUGUAAGAAUCCACAAUUCUUAUUCAAGCCACGUACACAAAACAGGAUCUUGGUACCUCUUAGGGUUCUUUUCAAAAUUUCCGACUAGCACCCCCGUCCGUUUAUAUGUUUCGUGCCCACGCUAUUUUUAAUGUCGUGACUGGAAAGAGAGGAAGAGGUUAACCGAGGUCACGGCUAUAGCACGCGCGUACGUGAUCAAAAGUGAGCGGAAUCGGUAAUCAAUUCCAAAGAGGAAGUCUUCAAACAGCAAUAAAAUUAAACUCCAGGAUAAAAGAAUCCACAGAUCAUACAUUUGCGGUGACGAAAAGAUGACGUCAGAAUACCUGAUUACUGUUAUCACAGGAAUCCGAAAGGGAGCUGGGACGGAUGCAUCGGUAUCUCUUAUUAUCAAAGGUACCAAUGGUGAAACUGACGCGUUGUCCUUGGACAAAUGGUUCCACAACGACUUCGAAGCAGGACAGACGGAUGAGUAUCACGUGACCGCCAAAGAUGUUGGCGAGCUUUUGAUGAUUACCUUGAAGAAUGAUGGCGGCAUGUUGUACAGUGAUUGGUUCGUUAACCGAGUGACGAUCACGGACAAAACAAAAAACGCCACGUACGAUUUCCCAUGCAACCGUUGGGUACAAAGUGAGGCUAUCAUCUUCGAGGGCAAAGCCAAGCUGCCAACAGAUGAACAACAUCCAGCAGUGAAAAGCCGGCGGGAGGCGGAGCUUAAGGAGAGGAGGGCCUUGUACGAGUGGGGACACGAUGAAGUGUACUCGGAUCUCCCAGGUUACGUCAAAGCAUCAGGCGUGGACAAUCUCCCAAGGGAUGUUCAGUUUACCGAUAAGGCCGCCUGUGAUCUGCACCGUGCCAGGAACAAGGCGCUCAUCAAUCUUGGUCUCGUGAAACUGUUCAAUCUGUUUGAUCAAUGGGACGACUUUGACGACUACCGCAAGGCAUUCACUAGCUUCGUUGGAGACGUACCCCAGGCAGCGGAAUACUGGAAAGAGGAUCGCUUUUGUGGUUCCCAGUUUCUAAACGGCUGCAAUCCGGAUUCAUUGAAGAGAUGUACAAAGCUGCCACCUCAUUUUCCUGUGACACAAGAGUUAGUCGGAAACCUGUUGGACAGCGGAGACACUUUGGAGAGCGCCAUGGCGGAUGGCCGUAUUUACAUGGUGGAUUAUAAAAUCUUGGAAGACAUUCGGCAGUACGGGCAAUACCGAGAGGACCUGGAAAGGAGGUACAUGUGCGCAAGCCUGGGACUGUUUUAUGUCAAAGGCAACGGAGAUCUGAUGCCGAUAGCAAUCCAGUUCCAUCAGGAUCCUCACCAUGAAAACCCGAUAUGGACACCAAAUGAUAUCGAGAUAGACUGGAUCUGUGCCAAGCUUUGGUUACGUAACUCUGACACUCAGUUUCAUCAGAUGGUCACUCAUCUUCUGCGAACCCAUCUCUUCAUGGAACCCAUUGCUGUUGCUAGCUACAGACAGCUGCCCACACUCCAUCCCCUGUAUAAGCUGUUGUCUCCUCACAUCCGGGGUGUCCUCGCCAUCAACACUCUUGGCAGAGAUGUGCUGAUUGCAGAAGGUGGAGUGGCUGACAACACUUUGACUGUCGGCGGUGGAGGACAUGUAACUCUGAUGAAGAAAUACUACAAGAACUUCAGCACAUGGCACUCAUACAAUCUGCCACAGAUGUUGAAGGAAAGAGGAGUUGAUGAUGCAAAGAAGCUGCCAAACUUUCAUUAUCGCGAGGACGCGUUAAAACAUUGGGCGGCCAUCGAGGAAUUUGUCAAAGAGAUCUUAUCCGUUUACUAUCACUCCGAUGAUGACGUGAAGAAGGAUUACGAACUGCAGAACUGGGUUCGCGACUUACAUGACAACGGAUACCCCGACGCACCAGGCCAUACAAACCACGGCGUCCCUACAUCCUUCACGAGCUGCGUCCAGCUUAACGACUUUCUCACCGCCAUCAUUUUCACCUGCGCCUGUCAACACGCAGCGGUUAACUUCUCCCAGAUGGAUGUGUACGGUUUCCCGCCAAAUUCUCCCGCACUCAUGCGCCAACCACCACCGAAGAAGAAGGGCAUUGUGGGAAUUGCAGACCUUAUGAAAUGCCUGGCUACCAAGCACCAGUCGGCGGUCACCAUCGCUACGGUGUACGAUCUGACACGUAUCUUCUCUGACGAGAAAUUCAUCGGCGAUUACCCUGAAGAACUGUUCAUUGACGAAGCCGCCAAGAACGCCAUAUCGGGCUUCCAGGAGAAACUUAAAGGAAUCUCUGCAGAGAUCAAAGAACGGAACGCCAGACUUGUGGUGCCUUAUCCGUAUCUUCUUCCUGAGCGUGUUCCAAACAGCAUUGCUAUCUGAAAUCAUGGUUAACAAACCAAGGACGAGCCUUACCUUGUCAAGAUAUCAUUAACGUAUUCCGGGAAGAUUAGGUUUUAUAAAUACGAAAGGACUUGCUGUCAGUGUAGAUGUUUCUAUCUCUCGAUAUAACCAGAGAUUUUAGCUUGACAGGACAUUAAUAAACGGUAGAAUCCUACUAGUAUA